AAAGAUGAAAAUCGCGUUUAAUACCAGUUUUGCAUGAAAAUGCAUGAUCACAUCGCAUAAUAAUAUGUUUCUAUUUUGAGAAAAACUUUUUGAUGGUUGGGAAUUUAGAACGGCGAAUGCCCCAAAAAAUAUUAUUAUAAUAUCGCGUGAAAUGCCCAUCUGAAUAAUAACAAAUUAUUAAGCUCUAUUCCAUUUAGUUUUUUUAAUUGCGAAAAUGUUUUUUCGUACUGUUUUAAAUACCAUUUAAUUAUAAAUUUUUUUCUCCGGCAUAACGGACUUUUCGAAUAGUCAGAAAAUUCAUUUGCUCUGUUCGAAUAAUAUACGUUCUUGUGCAUUGCAGUGCAACUGCUACUCGAAAUAAUUAACCGGUAUUGUGUUGUGUUGUAUUGUGUUCACUACCUUGUAAAUUAUAAUGAAUAUGAAUUACGGAUUAUUGUUGAUAUUUGCUGGUAUCAGCAGCACAUUGGCCGCUGAUAUUCUGAUGAUGACGAUGGGCGGAACAAAAUCCCAUAAAAUACCAUUUCUUGAGUUGGCCAGAGGUCUAAUUCCAAGAGGCCAUAACAUAACAUUUCUGAGUGGAUUUCCAGCUGAUUAUAGUGAUAGUGGUUUGCAUGAGAUCACACCAGCCGGUUUAUCGGAGUACAUACAAAAUUAUACGAAUUGGGAUUUGGUUGGCGUGAGAAUGAGCGGUACAUUACCGUACAGUGUAUGGGAUGUGAUGCGUUUUGCAUUUGAGUCUUGUGAUGCAAUGCUCAACGAUGCCGAAACAAAGAAUUUGCUAAAUCGUCAUUUUGAUUUGGUGAUAUUGGAUGGAGCGUUUCCGGAAUGUGCUGUUAGUUUAGUGUACGCAUUCCGUGCACCAUUCAUGAUGAUUAACACAGUUGGGCUCUAUACCGGUAGUUUGUCGCUGGCUGGCAAUCCAUCACCGUAUUCAACCACACCAAUUUUCUUCAGUUCGUUCACCGACGAAAUGAAUUUGUAUCAACGAUUCCUGAACACAAUGUACACAGUGUUCGCGUAUUCGGUGCAUCGGGUAUCGAUGUUACUGUUGCAAUCGGUCGUUCGGAAUCACUUGGGCGGUGAUGUACCGAAUGUGUAUGACUUAACACGUAACGUUAGUUUUAUACUGCAAAAUGGCCAUUCAAGUGUAUCAUAUUCACGACCAUUGCUGCCAAACGUAGCUGAAAUUGCGUGCAUCCACUGCAAACCGGCUCGACCAUUGCCAAAAGAACUGGAAGAAUUUGUCAUGGGUUCUGGUGAAUCUGGUUUUAUUUAUGUGUCGAUGGGUUCGUCAGUUAAAGCGGCUAAAAUGCCAGAACAUUUACGGAAACUAUUUAUACGGACAUUCGCUCAAAUUCCAUACCGUGUGAUUUGGAAAUACGAUGGUAGCAUUGCGGAUAUGAAGGACUUACCACCAAACGUUAAAAUCGGCACAUGGCUACCACAACAAGAUAUUUUGGGCCAUCGAAAACUUCGUGCAUUUGUCACACAUGGUGGCCUGUUAUCAAUGUUUGAAAGUGUUUAUCAUGGCGUUCCACUGGUUACGAUGCCUGUGUUCUGUGAUCAUGAUGUGAAUGCUGCCAAAGCCGUUGCGGAUGGAUAUGCACUGCGACUCGACUUGGAAACAUUAUCAUCGGAUAAAUUAAUCAAGGGAAUUUUAAAAGUGAUACAUGACGAGCGUUAUCGACAAGCAGUCAAGAAGUUGCAACGGUUUUUAUUGGAUCAAAGAACAACACCGUUAGAUACAGCCAUAUAUUGGACCGAAUAUGUGCUUCGACAUAAUGGAGCUUAUCAUUUACAAUCACCAAGCCGAAAUUACAGUUUUGUGCAGUACUAUCUAUUAGAUGUGGUCGCAAUGUUUAUUGCAAUUGUCAUGAUCACAACAUAUAUCGUGCGACGAAUAUUACGGUUUGAAGGCAACAGCAAAGUGAUCAAUAGUCUACUGAAACCGGUUCACAUAAAGCAAAAAAUUUAUUAGAGCUUCAAGCGAAAACAACAUCAACGCACAAAAUUUUGUGCAAACAAAAUUUUCAACGUGCACAUCAAAUGUUUCGUCAAUGGAAUGCCAACGUAAAUUAUUCAAUACGAUAGAGAGAGAGAGAGAGAGAGAUAAUUUUAUUUUUUUUAUUUCACUUCCAAUCAACACCAAUUAUAAAGUAAAUGAAACUGACUUGUUGAGUAUCCUGGAAUAUUGAUGCAAUCGAUCGAUACAAUGUAUACGCAAGUUCUAAUAUGUACGUGUACACAAUUAUGAAACGCAUCUAUGGUGUAAAAAAAAUGAGAAUAAAAAUGGAAACCAACGAUUGAUCAAAUAAAAUCGAUCGAAAAUGAAAUUAAAAACCAUUGUGAAUACAAAUAGCUUUUAUUUAUGAACAAAAAUCUAGUGUUAAGUGACCAACUUGUUUUGUAUAAAAAAAAUGUGUAAAAUCUUAAGCUAAGUGGUUUAUGGUGUAAGAAAUUUAGUAUAGGGUUAACGAAAGAAAAAUAUAACAAUUCAAUUUUA